AACGGGCUGGACCGAUGGCAACAACUUCCUUGACGAUCCGUCGGCGGCAGAGACAGCGUGGACAGGUACCGUCAGACGGCUACACAAGCGUCAUACGUGGGGUGUGAGCAAAGACGCCAUGUGGGUGAUUUCGAGCUUCGUUAAGGGUUUCCAUUUCGGGAUCACUCUUGACAUUUCCUUCAUUCCCUGGACCCCACGUAAUACUGGAAACAUAGUACCUGAGGUAGAGUAUGAGGCCGGAGGAUUUGGCGCCCUCCCGUGUGGGAUCGUCAGCGGCUGUACAAGUCCAAUCGUGCUCCUAGAUGACGACCCAGAUAGGUUAUGCUUGCAAGGCCCCAUCUGCUAUGGGCUUACGCCAUUGUUCUAUUCGAAGUGGCAUGGGUCCAUGUGGAUGACUCGGACCAUAGCCUGCAAUAGCCAGACCAUUAAUCUCCCGAAUGUGGUCACAUAUCCCUAUAGUACUUGGCAUCAACGAAUUGAGACUGGCGAUGCUUUCCACCAUUUUGGCGCAGCUGUUACGCCUUGUGGAAUGUUGGUGGCUGGCCUGGUGACUGAUGGAAAUACCUCAUCUGGGCUAGUGACGUGCGAAGGUAUCUCGAACCUCAGGGAAGAGAAAGUUCAAGUUUUGUUGUUCAUAUUGCUGACAUAGUUGUGUUACGGGGGUGCGUUUCAUAUACUUUCAAAUUCUUCCCAUUAUGCAUCUACG